UGCAAAUGCAACUAUCUAUCUAAAGAAGUAAAAGCUUUUGUCAAACUUCCUAAAGCCUCAACAGUAUGUUUCAUAGCCAAAUAUACUCCUUCGACACAUUGUAUUGUUGAUGCACUGAAAUGCCUAACUUGGCUUGUAUAG